AUGUUAAGUAGAUGGAAACAGAUGCCAAGAGGAGGCUGGGAUAACAUUACAGAUUUUUAUGUGGAGAUGUUUAAGAGUAGAUGUCAAUCUGAUGAUGAAGAAAAGAUCAACAAAGGUGGUGAUAAACGAGGCAGAAAGUCUCACUAUAGUAAUAGAAUCCAAACUAAAGAAUUACGUCAAGAGGAUGUAGACCCUGGAUGA